UGCUACUACAUUUAUUAAUGUCUACACCUCUACUGUGGGGUUCUGUUACUACAUUUAUUAAUGUCUACACCUCUACUGUGUGGCUCUGUUACUACUAAAUACACUAGAUGACCGAUAGGGGGUGCUGUAGUGAAGCCACCGUGCCUCCAUCUUGGUAUUCCUCCUUCACUGGAAGCUAAUAGAAAUUAAUUUAUUAAUGUCUACAUUCGCUUUUGACACGUUUAUUCUGUAGAUACCUUAAUGGAUACUUUUAAAUUAUAUUAUGAUAAACAUUAAAAUAACAAAUAUACAUAUAUAUAGUAUUUAAGCAUUUUCCUUUUAAGUAUCUGAGUAUAUAAUUCUGUCAUUGAAAAAUGUAAUUCCAGUCAUUCCUAUGGAGGACUGCUCCUACCGGGGAGUUCCAAUAUGGCCGACCGGUCGCUUCAAGCCACUCAGUUGCAAAUACAUAGCGUCAGCAAUCUAGAGUUUAUAUAUACAUCAUUGGUGAAGACAGGUGUUUGUUGCACGUGCUCUCCUGUUAUCAAUGCCCCUGCGCUGUCAAGGCCAAGGUUCAAAGUUCAACAUCCUGCCCUCUGGUAGGGCGUGGCCACACCCAUGCCCCUGUGUGAUUGGUUGACAGGGGGCGUAAAGAGGCUUGGGCAGGGCAAUCUGGGAUACGUUACCUUGAAGUUAGAACAUAGGUUAGAUAGCUACUGCAGCAGACAACUCCUCUCUCUCUGUCUGUCUCUUUAUCUAUCUAACAUCAUUUCUUCUCCGUUCCCUUCUUUCUCUCUCUCUCUGUCUGUCUCUGUCUGUCUGUCUGUCUGUCUGUCUGUCUGUCUGUCUGUCUCUCUCUCUCUCUCUCUCUCUCUCUCUCUCCCUGUCUCUCUCUCUGUCUCUCUCUCUCUCUCUCUGUCUCUCUCUCUCUCUCUACCUCCUCUCUCUCUAUCUCCCUGUCUCUCUGUCUCUCUCCUUCCCUCUCUCUCGGUGAGGAGGAUGUCUAAGCCCCAGAAUGGUGAGUCAGGCAGCCCAGCAGCAGAUGAUCCAGAGGUGAUGUUCCAGGUACCUGGUCCAACCGUCUCCUUCUCCAGACUACACUACUCUGUCAUGGAGAGCAAUGGACUCUGCCACAAGACAGGACCUGAGAAACACAUCCUCAGAGACGUCAGCGGCAUCAUGAGACCAGGGAUGAACGCCAUCAUGGGGCCAACAGGAAGUGGAAAAACAUCUCUCCUGGAUGUGAUAGCAGGUCGUAAGGACCCAGCAGGGUUGAAGUUUGGUCAGGUUCUGAUCGAUGGGAAGAUGGUGGACUCUGACCUCCGACUCAUAUCUGCCUACGUGGUGCAGGAUGAUAUAUUGAUGGGAACCCUGUCAGUGAGAGAGAACUUGUUGUUCAGUGUGAACCUGAGACUAGACCCUAGACAUUAUUCUGCAGCUGACAAACAGCAGAGAGUGGACAGCAUCAUAGAUGACCUGGGUCUACAGGACUGUGCCCACACCAAGGUCAGCCGUACACACCUGCAGAGGUCUGGUCUGGUUAGCCUGUUGAACUAGAGGCUUUAGAGGCACACACAUUCUAGAGGCACACACAUU